AUGCAUGAUCGGGUCUAUGGGUUGGGCUAUAAUAGUGCCGGAGAGUUAGGUUUGGGACACAACCGACCCAUCGAUACUCCUGAAGAAGUGGAGGAAUUAAUGGCUUUGAAUUGCGAUCACUUUAUAUUCAGAUGGGGUCGCAAUCAGUCGACCAGUUUUACUAAUACAUACACUUAUAAUAAACCGCACAAAAUAUUAUUAUGUAAUUCACGUGAUAUACGUAUUGAGAAACUAUUGUGUUAUAACUACUCAACACUUGUUCUCACAUCCGAUGGACGGUAUAGCGGCGGUAAAGCCGGUACCACAAUGUGGGCCGAGAUUGGAGACUCCGAGACACCGAUUACACCACAAUUAUUACAAAUGAUCAAAGUGAAUAAUUUACUGUUCGAUGAUCUUGCUCCAUUACGAUAUGGCACUAAUCCUAUUAUUAUUGGCAUUAGUGGCAAAAAAAAACGAAUCGAGGGAUGAAUUACAGGGAUAUGUAUAAAGAAUUGGAUUCUUUAGGAUCCGGUGGUUUUGGACACGUGUUUGAAGUGGAGAAUAAUAACGAAAAAUAUGCGAUUAAAAAAUGCAAAUUAAGUGGU